AUGGUAAACCGCAGCUUUACCGUCCGAGGGAAAGAGCGCCGCCGCGACCGCCGCCGGCGGCUUCAGCUUUCCGCAGAGAUCGACGGCCAUGCCGUCUCUCUGGUGGACAUUUCCAUUGCCGGCUUCGGGGCUGCGGUCGAUGCAACGGACCGGGCAGCGCCAAAGCUGCCGCUCGGCCACCGCGGGCGGCUCGACAUCUGGCUGUCGGAUGGCCGGCGCAUGCGCCUGGAGAUAGAGAUCGGGCGCGAGGUGGGCCCGGACGGCAUGUUUGGCGGCCGCUUCCUCGAUAUCUCCGACGAGAACUUCCGGCUCAUCGAAGCGAUCCUGCUGGGCCGCGAGCAUCUCGUCUAG